AACCGGAAGUAGAUACGAAUUUGACCGCAGGAGAAGAAGACGAGAACAUCAACAAUGGCGGCGCACACGGAAGAGCAAUUAGAAGUGGAUAUCUGAGAAAUGAGCAGUGAGUUUAGAGCCUGGGAUGCAGAGUGGCAGGCCAAUGGUGGAGGUGGUCCGUCUGGGCCUGGUUUCCUAUCAGGAGGCUCUGCGGCUACAACAGGUCUAUGUGAACCGGCACAAAUCUGGUACAUCUCACGCUCUGCUGCUGUGUCAGCACCUGCCAGUCUACACCACAGGGAUCCGCCACAAACCCUACCCGGCCCUCCUGCUGGACCGACUACACCUGCUGGGUGCCGACGUCCAUCGAGCCAACCGAGGAGGACUCAUCACAUUCCAUGGGCCAGGACAGUUGGUCUGUUACCCGAUCUUGAACCUGUGCAGCUUCAAGAAGAGUGUUCGUUGGUACGUCUGUGAGCUGGAGAAGACCAUCAUCUCGGUCUGCAGCAGGUUUAACAUCGAGGCGUCAACGUCUCCUCACACUGGUGUUUGGGUUGGAGACAACAAGCUCUGUGCCAUUGGAAUCCACUGUGGUCGAUACAUCACGUCUCAUGGUUUGGCUCUGAACUGUAACACUGAUCUCUCAUGGUUCAGCCACAUCAUACCGUGUGGUAUCGAAGGGAAAGGAGUGACGUCACUGAGCGCCGAGCUGCAGAAAAAUGUCAGCGUGGAAGACACCAUCCCUCACCUGCUGGACUCCUUCCAAGAUCACUUCAAUUGUCAGCUGACUGAGAGAGAAACAUCUGAACCGGUAGAGGACAGUGGAGGAUCAUCAGCAUAGAGACUGAUCUGACAGGACCUCAUAUGAAUAAACAAGACAGAUGCUCUCUGGGAAUAUUUUUAUCAGUCUCACCUCUGUGCAUCCAUAACUUGAAAGAGGGCCAAGCCAAAUCCCUCAGACUUACAUGUUGCGUCUUGUUAGGUAGUGUAGUGGUUAAAAAUAAACAAGGUUCCAGAAGUAAUAUGUAAUAGAAUAAUA